CCGAAAGGUUAUAAGGAAAUAGCGGGGAUAGACGAAGAAGACGACGGCUGCAUUUAGGCAUUUAUAGGUGACGCGUAUAUGACCGUGUUUAGCGUUUAACUUAUCGCACAGUUAGCUAAUUCAAUCAUUUUAACUGGCUGUUGAAACUUGAAAAUGUCGAAAACAUCCGUACUUAAAAUAAGUAAAGCAAACGCUGUGAAGGUUGACAACUUCCGCCAGUCUUUGUACCAACAGGCGGAGGAUCUGUUUUCAAAUCAAAUUCCUCUGAAGAUCUUACAACUGGACAACUUGCUCAAGUCUGAUGAGCUAAGUGUUUCAGACCUCUCCUCUCUCCAUGCACCCCUGGACAUCCCCAUUCCUGACCCCCCUGCACCAGAAGAUGAGGAGAUGGAGACCGACAAGGAUGAUGAGGAGGAGAAGAAGAAAAAGAAGCCUCCAAAGUGUGGGUACAUCAAAGGCAAUGAGAAGGUAGUUAAGCUGUUGGACAUAUUGAAGCCAGAGAUCCGGGCCCUCAAGGAGACCUGCAUCACGGUCUCAUGCUGGAUUCAGCAUCUCAUCCCCAAGAUAGAGGAUGGCAAUGACUUUGGUGUUGCAAUCCAGGAGAAAAUUUUGGAGAGGAUUGCUGCAGUGAAGACCAAAGUGGAGGGCUUUCAGACCAACAUCAACAAGUAUUUUUCAGAACGAGGUGACGCUGUGGCUAAAGCCUCCAAAGACACCCAUGUGAUGGAUUACCGCUCGCUGGUCCAUGAGAAAGACGAGGCAGCGUACUCAGAGAUCCGAGUGGUUGUGCUGGACAUCCGUGGCUUCUACGCGGAACUGUAUGACAUCAUCAGCAAGAAUCUGGAAAAGGUUACCAAUCCGAAAGGAGAGGAGAAGCCCUCCAUGUACUGAGAACAAUGUCUGGAGAGGAGUGGAGAGUGAAAGAAGGGGGUGGAGGGAGUGGGGCAAUACCAAAGAAACCCUGUUGGCAUCUCACCCUCAUGGCAAUACAUUUUUUUAGAGAUCAGCCGGUCAUGUUUGCAAUAACAAAGUGAUGAUCUGGCUGAGUGUUGUAGUUACUGUGUGUCUGGACUGUUCUGUUUAUCAUUCCAAUAAAGCACAGCCUUCA